CAUCUAAUGCCGAGGCUGAAAGAAUCGCGCUCCCACGAGUCCUUGCUCAGUCCCAGCAGUGCUGUUGAGGCUCUGGAUCUCAGCAUGGAGGAAGAAGUGGUCAUCAAGCCGGUCCACAGCAGCAUCCUGGGGCAAGACUACUGCUUUGAGGUGACGACUUCAUCAGGAAGUAAGUGCUUCUCGUGUCGUUCUGCAGCAGAGCGAGAUAAAUGGAUGGAAAACCUGCGGCGUGCCGUGCACCCAAAUAAGGACAACAGCAGAAGGGUGGAAAAUAUGUUGAAGUUAUGGAUUAUUGAAGCCAAGGACCUGCCAGCUAAGAAGAAGUACCUGUGUGAAUUAUGCCUGGAUGACGUUCUUUAUGCACGAACUACCUGUAAAUUGAAAACUGAUAAUGUCUUUUGGGGGGAGCACUUUGAAUUUAAUAACCUCCCAUCACUCAAAAACAUUACGGUGCACUUAUACAAAGAGACUGACAAGAAGAAAAAGAAGGACAAGACCAAUUUCAUUGGACAAGUGAACAUCCCCGUCAGCUCUGUCACGGGCCGGCAGUUUGUAGAGAAAUGGUACCCGGUGGUCAGCCCCAACCCCGGGAAGGGCAAGUCCCCGGGGCCCAUGAUCCGCAUCAAGUCGCGCUACCAGAGUAUGAGCAUUCUUCCCAUGGAGAUGUACAAAGAGUUUGCCGAGUACAUCACUAACAAUUACAUGGUGCUGUGCUCGGUGCUGGAGCCCUCGCUGAGCGUGAAGAGCAAAGAGGAGAUGGCGUCGGCUCUGGUGCACAUCCUGCAGAGCACGGGCAAGGCCAAGGAUUUCUUGACUGACCUGAUGAUGUCUGAAGUUGAUCGCUGUGGUGAGAAUGAGCAUCUCAUUUUCAGGGAGAACACGCUGGCCACCAAAGCAAUCGAAGAAUACCUGAAGCUGGUGGGGCAGAAAUACUUGCAAGAUGCCUUAGGGGAGUUUAUCAAGGCACUGUACGAAUCAGAUGAAAAUUGUGAGGUGGAUCCCAGUAAGUGUUCAUCUUCGGACCUUCCCGAACAUCAGAGCAACCUGAAGAUGUGCUGUGAGCUGGCCUUCUGCAAAAUCAUCAAUUCCUACUGUGUCUUUCCAAGGGAGCUCAAAGAAGUUUUUGCUUCGUGGAGACAAGAAUGCAGCAACCGAGGCCGCCCGGACAUCAGCGAGCGGCUGAUCAGUGCCUCCCUGUUCCUGCGCUUCCUCUGUCCCGCCAUCAUGUCCCCGUCCCUCUUCAGCCUCCUGCAGGAGUACCCGGACGACCGCACUGCCCGCACCUUGACCCUCAUCGCCAAGGUCACCCAGAACCUCGCCAACUUUGCCAAGUUUGGCAGCAAAGAGGAGUACAUGUCCUUUAUGAAUCAGUUCCUAGAACACGAAUGGACUAACAUGCAGAGAUUUCUGCUGGAGAUUUCCAAUCCCGAAACCAUCUCCAACACAGCAGGCUUUGAAGGCUACAUCGACCUGGGCCGGGAGCUCUCCACGCUGCACUCGCUGCUCUGGGAGGUCAUCUCGCAGCUGGAGCAGGGCACUGCAACAAAACUCGGGCCCCUGCCUCGGAUCCUGAGGGACGUCAACUCGGCGCUCAGUAACCCAGCCUGCGUGCAGGUCUCGGUCACGGCCGAUCACACCGCAUCCACGCCUAACGCUGGCAACAGCAUCUCGGCGGGACUACAGAAAAUGGUGAUAGAGAAUGACUUGUCUGG